AUGCUACAGGCUUUCCCCUCCAGCCGGGUUUCUGUGUACAGCAUACCAGCUCCAUACGACUCUGGGGAGACCGCAGGCCAGGAAAGUCCGCAUAUUCACUACUGCCCGUCCUACCGAGAAGGGCUGUGUCAGAAGUACUCGUUCUUUAAAUGGAUGAGGUUAUGUUUCUGGAGAAGAUGGCUUCUAGGAAUAUUACCUAUAGUUUCUUUAACAGUUACAGUAAUUACGUUAGUCCUGCACUAUUCGUCCUCUCCAGCUUUCUCCUUUAUUUAUGUUGGUGGAAGUGUAGAAAUUCCUAAUUUGACUUAUACAAAUGAUCUCAAUGAUCCAAAGUCACAGAAAUUCCUACUGCGAGCAGAAGCAAUACAAAAUUAUUUUGCAGAAUCAUAUGAGUCAUCUUCCUUGGGAAAGUACUACUUGAAUUCUGUAGUGGCUGCUUUCAGUGAAGGACAAUCUGGACUUCGAGCUUACUACUGGAAUACAUUCUGGGUACCACAAGAUACAGUUGCUUCUCUUAAAAAAAUAACCCCAGUGGAAAAAAAAGAAAUGGGCAGUAAACAAGCAACUCACAUGUUCAGUUCUUCUGGGGAGGAAGAUUUUCGUUUCAUUGCAAUGGAGCUUUUUGUUUCAGAUUCCACAGAAUAUGAUGUGAUGCUAAAAUCAGCAGUAUCCUUUGAUCUGUAUGCCAAGCCAGGCAACAACAGGACUCUAACUCUGAUGAAUCCAAAAAAGUCUUUUUACCAAUGGAGACUGCGAGUUCCUUCUGACUAUGUGGUGAGACUGGUAGUUAUCACUUUGCAUGGUGUCACUGCAGAGAGCUGUGCAUCACACCACUUAUCAGCAUAUGAUUUCCUUCUUCCUCUGCAGAACAAGAUCAUUACAAGAUGGUGUGGACCUGAGGCUUGGGCUCUUCCUGUUGUACGUUUAACUUCGUCAAGUAAUGUAAUGUUGCUUACCUUCUCACUGGACCGAAGAGAAGAAAGCAAUGUAUUAAUAGCUCACUUUCAAGCUGUUCCUAAAAUCAUGUGUGGUGGUCAUUAUAGUUCCUGGAAUGGGACACUGAGUUCCCCUUAUUACCCAAGUUACUACCCACCAAACAUUGACUGCAGCUGGAUCAUAAGAGCACCGUUGCCCAGCUACAAGCUCUCAUUAAAAAUUCUCAUAAUACAAAUUCAAGACAAGUCUCCAGGGUCCAGUAAAUGUGAUAAAGACUGGUUAGAAAUCGAUGGGGUUAGAUACUGUAAAAGUCUUUCAGAAAACAACAGAAACAGAGAAUAUGGCUAUUCUGUCGCAAUCAACUUCCAUUCCGAUGAACUGGUGACCCACAGAGGGUUUUAUAUUGAAUACAAAGCCUUUAGUCACACAGAGCGCUGUAAUCCAGAACAGUUGAACUGUGGUGAUGGGAAGUGUAAGCAUCAUUAUAAGACCUGUAAAGAUGAUGACAGCUGCGGGCAGGACAGUGAUGAAAAUAACUGUUCCUACCAAAGUUGCUCCCCUUAUGCAUACAAAUGCCUGAAUGGAAAAUGCUUGCUGAAACCAAAUCCUGAGUGCGAUGGGAAAAGAGACUGUGCAGACAGAUCUGAUGAAGUGAACUGUGCUUGUGGAAGACACCAGCUUAAGAAAAACAGAAUUGUUGGAGGUGAAGAUGCAAGAUCAGGAAAGUGGCCUUGGCAAGCAAGUUUACAGAUGGGAGCACAGGGCCAUGUGUGUGGUGCAUCUGUUAUUUCCAACAGGUGGCUCAUAUCUGCUGCCCAUUGCUUCCUGGAUUCUGAUUCUGUGAGAUACUCCGUUCCUUCAGGAUGGAAUGCAUAUAUGGGCUUACAUACUAUUAAUGAAAAGAGCAAUCAUGUAGCUAUGAGAUCAAUCAAAAAGAUUAUUGUCCACCCACAGUAUGACCGAUCUAUCUCAGACUAUGACAUUGCCCUAUUGGAAAUGGAGACGCCUGUAUUCUUCAGUGAGCUGGUACAGCCCAUUUGUUUACCCAGCACCUCUAGAGUAUUUGUUUAUGGAACUGUCUGCUAUGUAACUGGCUGGGGAGCCAUAAAAGAAAAUAGUCAUCUUGCCAAAACACUGCAGGAAGCUCGAGUAAGAAUAAUUACCCAAAGUGUUUGCAACAAGCUGUAUGAUGAACUUAUCACAACACGUAUGCUGUGUGCUGGUAAUCUUAAUGGUGGCAUUGAUGCAUGCCAGGGAGAUUCUGGAGGUCCCUUGGCCUGCACAGGAAGGGGAAAUAGAUGGUACCUUGCUGGCAUUGUGAGCUGGGGUGAAGGAUGUGCGCGGCGCAAUCGUCCUGGUGUAUACACUAAGGUGACAGCACUUUAUGACUGGAUUCGUCAGAAUACAAACUGAUGUGCCAAGGAGAAAAUGCAGAUCAUCUCCUUUAUGAAAGCUGCUUCCUACAGUAGUCUGUCAUGUCCACUUCUGAUGAUGUAACAUGAAAAUGCCAUUGACUCUUUCUUUGUGAAAGGAUACACUUUCUUAAUGAAGAAACUGUUAUUUGUUGUUCACCUAGCAGUAACUGUUCAGAUUCAGAGCAACUUCAAUUUCUGUAUGGAUUAAUAUUCCUUGUCCCCAGCAGCAGAAACAGCACUGCCUUAAAAACAACAUAAAAUGGAUUAGAACCGGUAGCAAAAAUCCAGCCAAAUCUUUCUUUUGCAAGACUUCUCCCCUCCCUCCAUCUCUCUUGCUAUGUAUAUAUCUAUACAUUUCUACAUACACAGAUCUGGAUAUUCAUGGCCACAUCCCAUAUACAUACUAAACUAAACAUAAAAUAUUAUUUCAUGUUUCUUGAAAAUACAAGUACUAAAAUCGGUAUAGUGUACAAAGCUGAGGUUAAUUAAUUCUCUAUUUAAUGCUGCCACUGCACAACUGUUCCUUUCUGGGCUGUAACUUUUGGGCUGUCUUCCGUGUUUUCUUAAAAACAUCACAUAUAUAGCUCACAAAUGUUAAGAUACAAGAAAUUUUCAUCAAAGGACUGGAAGAGUGAGCAUCAUUCAGUUUCUUUGGGAUGAUGUUUAAAUAAGAGGAAAGAAAUACUCAGUUUUAAUUAAUUAAACAAAAGGAAACUUUCAUGCUUUCUUACUUUCUCUUUACAGUUUGAACAUAGUUGUAGGGUCUGAUGUUUGCAGUGUAUUACAAGGGUAUUUUCCCAGCUCUGGCUCUGGCAUGCUUUGUGAAUUUUAGCAUGCUCUUGGUGGGUUUGUGCUGCUUUUCAUGAUGCCCUUGGUCUGCAGCAAGCAGAGUUUCAGGGUCAGGAUUUUUUGUUUGUAUCUUUUCCUGGGCUGUGCCCAUGUGGCCACAUGACAUUGAAAGGGAUGUAAAAAGAAGAGGGAUCUAUGUGGUUGGAUGCAUCCAUGGACUGAAAGGGUGUAGAAGAGGAAAUGACAGCCAGAUUCCUUUAACCCUAGCAGUAAACCUAGUUUUGAUAACUAUAAUCUCCUGAUGAGCCAAUCAGCCCAAAUCUAGCUGAUUUAAGGUUUCCAAAGUUGUUUAUGGGACUUAAGAAUGCUCGUGUUCAGU